AUAAAACUAAGUUUGAUUUUCUUUAUGAUCUACUUAGUGAAUUCUAGCCCACCUGAAGAUCCCAUAAAAUGUUCAUACAACACAAAUUUUAAUUGCACCAUUACAAACACUUAUGGCACGUUCCCAGAUCGAACCAUUUGCAAGGCAGCUGAAGCUGUUUUUCCAACCACAGAAGAAGAAGUCAUUUCUAUAGUAGCAAAUGCAACAAGGGAAAAUCGAAAAAUGAAAAUCGCAACUCGAUUUUCUCAUAGCAUACCCAAAUUGGUAUGUCUAGACAAAGGUGAUCAAGACGGGUUACUUAUAAGUACAAAAUUCCUAAAUAAAAUCAUAAGAAUCGAUGAAGAAAACAUGAUGAUCACUGUUGAAAGUGGGGUGACAUUGAGACAACUAAUUAGUGAGGCGGGUAAAGCAGGUUUGGUCCUGCCUUACACGCCUUACUGGUGGGGUUUAACGAUUGGUGGCUUAAUUGGGACCGGAGCUCAUGGAAGUUCUCUCUGGGGUUUGGGAAGUUCUGUACAUGAUUAUAUUGUACAACUUCGAAUUGUUACACCAGCUGAUGCGGCAAAUAAUUAUGCUAAAGUCCGUAUAUUGGAAAAUGGUAGCCCCGACUUGAAUGCUGUUAGAGUGUCACUAGGGGUGUGUGUUCUUGGAGUUGUUUCACAGGUGACACUAAAACUAGAACGAGUGUUCAAACGUUCAAUUACCUUUUCUGAAAGGGAUGACUCAAACUUAGGGGAAGAUGCAGUUACCUUUGGGAGACAACAUGAAUUUGCUGAUUUUACGUGGUAUCAGAGUCAACGCAAGGUUAUUUAUAGGAUCGAUGAUCGAGUUCCUAAUGGCACUCCUGGCAAUGCCCUUAAUGACUUCAUUGGAUUUCGCUCUACACCUUCAUUCGUCCUCGCCAUUUUCAGAACCCUGGAGGAGAUACAAGAAUCAACAAAUGAUGCUGGUGGAAAAUGCGCAGUUGCAAUAAUAAACACUUCCAUAUUGAAGUAUCUUUCUUAUGGGUGGAGAAACAAUGGUACUGGCUAUCCAAUGGUUGGGUUUCAAAACCAAGUCCAAGCAUCAGGAACAUGCCUAGACAGUCUUGAAGGUGCAACAUGCCCUUGGGACCAUAGAGUUAAAGGUCUAUUUUUUCACCAAACAACAUUUACCAUUAGUUUAUCAAAAGUCAAAGGUUUCAUUGAAGAUGUCCAAAGGCUAGUUGCUUUAGAGCCUAAGGCACUAUGUGUCCUUGACUUAUACAAUGGGAUCCUCAUGAGGUAUGUUACAACUUCAAAUGCUUACUUGGGUAAACAAGAAGAUUCUUUGGAUUUUGACAUCACAUAUUACAGAAGCAAGGACCCAAUGUCCCCAAGACUCUUUGAAGACUUCCUUGAAGAAAUUGAACAACUAGCAUUUUUCAAAUAUGGUGCAUUGCCACAUUGGGGUAAAAAUAGGAAUGUAGCAUUUAUUGGGGCAAUCAACAAGUACAAAAAUGUUGAUAAAUUCUUGCAAGUGAAACAAAGUUAUGACCAUUUAGGUUUAUUCUCAAGUGAGUGGACAGAUCAAGUAUUAGGCUUAAAAGAUGGGUUGAGCAUAGUCAAAGAAGGUUGUGCUCUAGAAGGACUAUGCAUUUGCUCUAAAGAUAUUCAUUGUGCUCCAAACAAGGGUUACUUUUGUCGACCUGGAAGAAUUUACAAAGAUGCCAGGGUGUGUACUAAUCCAUCGUUAAGCACUAUCGAUAUCCAAACAAGGAAAACAAUAUGCACAUCAAUGUAA